AUGAUGGACGGCGCAGCAGUUGAAGCGGCGGUAGGGGAGAAGGAUGCCGGAAAUGAUGCAUUUGUAACAAAAGGAUUUUCUGGAUGGAAUAAUAAACCAAGACUUGACACUCAUGUGGGAGGGGUAACAAGCUAUCACAAUGCAGCUGUCAAAAGGUGUAACAAUUUAUUGAAGCCAAGAUUAGCUUUUCGUAGCCAUAAUGAAUCUGAAGAUUCUGCUAACAGGGGAAAUUUCCUUGAGUUAGUGAAGCUUUUGGCUGAGCAAAAUGAAAAAAUAAAGAGGAUCAUAGUGAAUUCUAUCAUUGAAGAAAUUGGUGGUGAUGUGUUUUGUUUGUUGGUUGAUGAAUCUGCCGAUGUUUCUGAUAAGGAACAAAUGGCUGUGGUUUUGCGGUAUGUUAAUAACCGCGGAGAACUGAAAGAAAGACUUAUUGGUGUUGUCCAUGUCGCUGAGACAACAUCAACCUGUCUCAAGUCUAAUAUUGAUGCUUUAUUUUCCAAGUACAAAUUAAGUUGGAAACAAGUGAGAGGCCAAGGUUACGAUGGAGCAAGCAAUAUGAGAGCUUCUUGCAAAAGGAAAGACAUGAUACGACAAAGUCAACAAGAAAGAGUAAAAAGAGCAAUAGGUAGUGGACAAAUCAGUACCGGAACAGGAUUAAAUCAAGAGCAAACUCUAGAAAGACCUGGAGACACACGAUGGUGCUCUCACUAUAAGACCCUUAAGAGUCUUAACAGUUUGUUUCCUUAUGUUAUUGAAGUACUUCAAUAUGUGGAAAAGGAUGGCCCAAAUGACAAGAAACGACGCCAAGCACGUGGGCUGCUAGAUUAUCUCAAAGAUUUUGAUUUUGUGUUUCACUUACACAUGAUGUUGAUGAUCUUGGGACAUGCAAAUUCCCUGUCACUUUGUUUGCAAAGGAAAGAUCAAGAUAUAUUGGAGGCCAUGUCAGAGGUAAAAUUAACAAAGCAAAAAUUUCAACAAAUCAGAGAUGAUGGUUGGGAAUCUUUAUUGCAGACAAUAUAUUCCUUUUGUGAAGAACAUAGCAUUCCUAAGUUGGACAUGGAAGAAGAGUAUAUUGAUCGCCACAAGCCAAGGAAAAAGUCAAAUCGAACCAACUACCAGCAUUAUAGAUGGAAUUGUUUGAACUCAGUUAUUGACUUGCUACUCAUAGAGUUCAAUGAUCGCUUUGGUCAAACAAAUUCUAGUUUGCUUACUUACAUGGCUGCACUUCGUCCAAAGGAUUCUUUUGGUGACUUCAAAUUGGAGAGCAUAAUGGAAUUGGCUAAGCUCUAUCCAGAUGAUUUCGAUCAAGAGCAGUUGAAGGAUCUUGCUCAUGAGCUUCCUAUUUACAUUGACAAUAUAAAAGCUGAUGAAAGAUUCUCUAACCUAAAUAGUAUUACUGCACUUGCAAAACUGAUGGUGGACACAAACAAGCAUCAAGCUUUUCCUUUGGUCUAUAAGCUUCUAAAGCUAGUACUUGUUUUGCCAGUUGCUACAACAUCUGUUGAGAGGUGCUUCUCGGCAAUGAAAAUUGUGAAGACAAUAUUACACAAUCGCAUCGGGAACACGUUUAUGAAUGAUUGCAUCAUUUGCUUUGUUGAGCCAGCAUUUGUCGCAACAAUCUCAGAUAAUGUUGUAAUUGAUCGGUUUCAAAAGAUGAAGAAUCGUAACCGUAGGAUGCUUCUAUGA